UGAGUAUAUAAGCAGCAAUUUGCUUCGGUAUCUUCACUCAUUCACUCCAAGCUUCAGCAAAAACAACAACAUGGCUUCUAUCAAGUUGAUUGCUCUGUGGGCUUUCUUGGUCGUUCUUGUAGCAGUUGCCACCGCCGCUCCUCGUUACUUUAUCAUUGACGAUGGUGAAGAAGCUUCUCCGAUGGUGCGAGUCCGUCGUGAUGACAAGUACGUUGCGGCCGCCAGCGGAGGUGGUUCCUACGGAAAGGGACAAGUUGGGCCCGUUUACACCUUCGUCAAGACCGAUCCUCAGGCUAAUUUCAAGUGGGGAGUCCGUCAUCGCGCUGGAGUCCAAUACGGCCGAUAAACCAACGUCUUCUGACCGAAACACACACCUUAACCCAGAAAAUACACUCAAGCUGGCUCUUGAGACGAAGACCCACAUCUCACGCUCUUGUACGUUCAUCCCAGUAUUCUGUGUCAUCGUACUCUAAAAUCGUGAAGCAGUAAUCGUUUGUUCCAGUUCCAGUUCACUGUUAAUUUACCGAAAUUACACAUUUGCCGACUAAAAAACAGGCCCAUAGUCUAUCAGAAAAUUAUUUUAGAUUUCUAAUUAAAGUCUAAAAGAAUCUACUCAAGUUUCCAGGAUAACAUUUUCUUUUCGGUGGUUGAAAACCGUUUUGUAAAAUUAGAAAACAGCUGAAGAAGUCUACGACCUUAACCAACCUUCACCGCACCUCCACAAAGUUAUUUUUUAAAAAUAGAUGUAAGACCUAAGGGGGAAACUUUCAGCCAGGAACCAGUGUCAAAUAACGUGAAAACUGUAACUGUUUUGUAUUAUUUUUAGGAACUGCUGGCGUAAAAGAAGAACAUUGUUUCAAAAAUUCGCGGUCCUAUUUCGAAUUAAUCGAGCAAAAGAGUAAAUCGAUUAUUUGACUUUGUGCGUAUGUAGCCUUUAGCGUCAUCUGCUAUCUUGUGUGAUUGCCCAAUGCCCACAGACAAGUCCCGGAUUUGGAACGUGUUGAAACCUUGAGUGACUCAUUCUUUGAAAAGCUACUGGCGUGCAAGGCGUUUCUUAUUAAGCUUCCGGAUUGUUUAUUUCUUGUCAGUGUGUGUCGAUCAACGGCGUGGAGAAUUUGUCUUUGUUUCAGUGUGAAAAAUCAAUAGUUAUUCAUCAUCAUGUCUCUCUACCCUUCUCUCGAGGACAUGGAGGCCGAUAAAAUGAUCAAAGCCCAAAUCAAGGAACAUCAUAAAACUGUGGCCCCUGGUCCUGUGUACGGGGUACAUCCUCCUCAAAGCCAUGCAAUGCAUAAUGAGAAUGCUAUACUGUACCCUUCUCUUAACGAUUUCAUGGGGAUGGAAAUCACAUCAGAAAUGCUUUCUGCCAACCAAGUGGCUCUUUUCCCAGCUCAAUCUGUGACGACUGUGGCAGUUACAAGCAAUUCUGUGGCCCCUGUGUCUUCAUUCGGAAUGGUAGCUCCACUGUCAGGCCAGAGUUUGGGACUAGCCCGUGGCCAGGUGACUCAUGGAAUUAGAGAGUUGGUGUUGUGUAAAGGAAGUGAUGGCAAAAUAGGAGUUCGCUGCCAGGCAGUUUCAAAGGGUAUUUUUGUAAGUUUGGUACAGUCUGGAUCUCCUGCUGCCCUGGCCGGUCUACGUUUUGGUGAUCAAAUUCUCCAGAUUAACGGAGAAAAUGUCGCAGGAUACUCCAUGGACAAAGUUCAUAAUAUUUUCAAAAAAGCUGGCGUAAACAGUAUUCACGUAGCCGUACGAGACAGGCCAUUUGAAAGGAGCAUCACUUUGCACAAAGAUAGCUUCAAUCACGUAGGCUUCACAUACAAGGAAGGUUGCAUUACCAGUUUGGUGAAGGAUUCUUCAGCUGCUCGCAACGGCCUUCUGACUGAUCACAAUCUACUCGAAGUCAAUGGCCAAAAUGUGGUCGGAUUAAAGGACAAAGAAAUUGGUCGAAUUAUGGAAGGUGCUGGUGCUUGCGUCACCCUCACAGUUAUGCCAAAGUUCCUCUACGAGCAUAUGAUUAAAAACAUGUCCAACAGUCUUUUGAAGAAAGCGAUGGAUCAUUCUGUUCCGGACCUGUAAAAUGCUGAAUCGGUUUCUAUCGGCCAACCUUAGAUCAAGUCAUUUGUUGUUGCCCAACGAAGGUGCACGCCGAAACGACGAUUAUUCAAUGAAUCAAUCAUUCAACUUCUACUAUACAUAUAAUACGGUAUCGUGAUCCUCCCUCGAAUUUGACUUGGUUCUCCCUUCUUUUCGUUUGUUUUAAUUGCGUGUUUCAAACAAAUAUUUUGUCUACAUUCGCUGGUUCUGGUCUCAAAAAACAUUUCCUUCUUUUCUCGUUUGCCAUAAAGUGUACACGUUGGGCGCUAUAUGUUAUUAUAUACUAACCACAAUAAAGAAAUUCAAAAUUU